AAGUAUAACCAAAAUGCAGCAUCUACAACAUAUCAGUCAUGACUACCAGGCUAAGCUGCUUAUGAGCGGACCUUCAGAAAAUUGUAAAACCAAUCCCACGCCCCUUGGUCGUCCACACUCCCUGGAGGAUAACCUGUUCCUUUCCCCUGCUCUACCUGUCUUCCACCCUUAAUCCCCCCCACCCCCCGGACUUAAAAGAAAACGUACAGCUGGGACAUAUAAACGAUGGCGGUUUGGAGAGUGAAGUUCACAAAAACUAAGAGGGACAAGCUAGCGCAGGUUCUUUGGAUCCUGAACUGGUUCUCUGUAUUAACGGGGGCAAUCCUCUUCAGCUUGGGGAUCUUCCUAAAGGUGGAGCUCAACAAGCAAGAAGAGAUGAUGGCUGAUAGGGACAUUCAUUACGUGCCCAACAUGCUGAUUGCUGUGGGCCUCAUCGCCUGUGCCAUAAACUUUCUGGGAGGGAAGAUCUGCUACGACUGCGUGGACACCAACAAGUUCCUGCGCUGGAAGCUGAUUAUGUUGCCCUACAUCAUCUUCACCUUCUUCUUCACUUUCUGCGUGCUGGUGGGGGCUCUGAUGUGUUACACCAUGCGUGGGGAGCUGGAGGAAUCAUUGAACCUGGGGCUGACACAGGCCAUGAAGUUCUAUAAGGACACAGACACCCCGGGACGAUGCUUCCUGAAGCGUACAGUGGAUAUACUGCAGAUAGAGUUCCAGUGCUGUGGGAACAAUGGAUAUAAAGACUGGUUUCAAAUCCAGUGGAUCAGCAACCGAUACCUGGAUAUGACCCACAAAGACGUGGCGGACCGGUUAAGAAGUAAUGUGGAGGGAAAGUACCUGAUGGAUGGAGUCCCCUUCAGCUGCUGUAACAUUGACUCCCCCCGGCCCUGCAUCCAGCAGCAGAUCACCAACAACUCGGCUCAUUUUAACUACGAGCACCAGACGGAGGAGCUCAACCUGAGGAUGAAGGGCUGCCGACAGGCGCUGCUGGACUACUUCACCCACAUCAUGCAGUCCAUUGGCCUCACCGUCCUCAUCAUCUGGCUGUUUGAGCUGUCAGUGUUGACGGGGGUUCGUUUCCUCCAAACCUCUCUGGAAAAUGUGCUGAAACAGGGGGACCCCGAUUCUGAAUCUGACGGCUGGCUGCUAGAAAACAGCUUUAUGGAGACGGCCCGCACCAACCUGAACAUCAUCAAGAGCCUCGGCAAGAGCAACCAGAUAGACGAAGGAAACAAUGGAGACCCCAACAUCAACGUCCCCUCAACCUCUAUAGCAAACUACGGGCCAGAUAAUGUACCGCCGAAGGAAGCACCUGAAGCCAGUUGAUUGUUGUCAGGCCUCAGUGGAAAACAUCCCUGAAGGCCUUCAUCCAAACUCUUACUAGAGUUUUACAGUUUCAAUGUACAGAUUUUUUUGGUGUAAAUCAGGAAAUAUAAACGAGAAAGAUACCUAUAUAAAACCAAAUAUAUGAUCUAUUUCCUUGAAUGACAGUGAACAUCUUUUCCAAAAUAAGGAUACAUUUUUUCUGUUUACAACCACUUUUCUAACCUGUUACAAUCAGCAUGACAUCAACCCUAAAUAACCAUGACUGCAAAAAACUAUUUUGUACAAUUGUACAAAUCUGUACUGUAAUCUGUUGUUUACAAAUCAUAUCUUGUUGCCUGAGUAUCUUGUUGUUUCCCAACAAAGAUCUUCUAAACACACUUUGGCUCCAGCUCCUGAGUCGAAAUGACCUCUACAGAAAAUGCAGUAAAAAGAGAUUUAAAUGAUUAUAACAACAAUAAGUAGUUCAUAGAUGUGAGGGUGAUUCAGCCCUAAUUUAAAUAACUCUUGCAGUACAAACCCUGGCAGAUCAUGAUGAGGAAUUUGACAUCAGUGUUGUGUUACAAAUAGUGUUUUUUGUAACUUUUCUGUUGCUUUCAGCCUGACUAGCAGAAGUAUCUAUGGUAGCAUAACAACAGGAUACAUAUAUUCUAUGAUUGCUCUCAA